ACCACAGUUACUCAGGAAGCGAGGUGGUGUUACCCCUCACUGAACACCCCUGGCUGUCUUCACCUCACGCACCACCCCCCAGGGUACGCUGGGCCCCACACUACCCUAGUGAGCGCCCCCUUCAGCAUGAUGGGGAGACAACCACCUGUGUGUGUGUGUGUGUGUCGCCUCCGUCCCGCUACUCGUGAACUAGGUCAUGUGUGGCAUAAGUGAGGUGGUGAGGCGAGAGAGUGUAGGGUUGUGGUCAGAGUGUUGUGUGGUGCUCCUGAAGUAUCGACAACCGCCUGCUGUUAGUGUGACAUAUGAAACAAUUACUUAACAAUAAUAUAGAACAAAACUUAGAAAGUGGUGGUGAGUGUUGUGGUGAGCGAUGGCGUUGGUGAACAUGUAUGCGCCGCGGCUGCCGCUGGCACUAGCACGGCACCAGGAGUCUCUGCCUCUGCCGCCUCACCGGGCAGCCCCGCCCCCCUCUGUGGCCCCGACCGUCAUAACCCUCAAACAAAUGUGCAGUAAGUACUGGCUGGAGCGCGUACAGUACGUACUGCGACGAGACGUGCCCAAACAGCAAGUAUUCGCCGUGCAGAGGUUCUUGGAAGACUUGCCCCGAGACCUGCGGGCCAUGAUGGUACACAACGCCCUCAAGGCGGGCGGACUCCACCUGAAGCACGGCAGCAGGGAGCUGGCGGCCAUCAACCGUGCCCUGGUGCUGCUCACCCCCGAGGUGACGGUGGUGGAGCCUGUGUACGUCACACUGCCCCGCCCCGGCCCCACUCCCUCUGAUUGGCCCCUCGACAUAGAGUUAAUACUAUACAACGGUGACGGCCUGACACAUCUCGUCCUCACCAUGCCGCCGCUCCUCACAGACACCGUCAAGAAGGUUUUCACUGAUCUAUGUCGCACCUGUAAGAAACUCCGUCGUGUCCGCCUCGCCAACGCCUCCGAUGAUACCAUCACUCUCCUCACGCGACACUGCCGCCUCCUCACGCACCUCGACGUGUCGGGGUCCGCAGGCGUCACUGACGACGGGAUCAACCGCAUCAUCGUCAACCUGCGGUGGGGAGGAGGCGAGGACUCGGAGGUGCGGCUGCGUCACAUAGACGUGGGGGAGACCAGCGUGACGCAAGAGGGUGUAUGUGCCCUCCUGACCCGGGUACCAGAGCUCACCAGCCUCGGGUCGACGGACGUAGUUGAGGCCCUCAAGAUGAUGGACGAGCUGGGGGACGCGGGGGUGGUGACGGCCCUGGAGGAGGUCAACGUGCGCUGUGUGACUGUGGGUAACCUGCAGCUGUUGCGCCGCGCGUGUCCGGCGCUCAUCAACAUCAACGCCAUCAUCAACUUCGCUGGCGUCACCAUCAACGACCUCCGCCUUCUCCCUGGCUUACGACACCUGCGGCUCUCGGUGCGGGAGCCUUAUUUACUCUCCCCUACAGCCAUGUACGAGUUCUCGUGGGCGGUGGGCUCACAGCUGGUGACGUUGAGGGUGGAGGGCGACGUGUACUGGGAGGCGGACCUGGGGGCACUGGCGGGCAACUGUCCCCACCUGGAAGAGCUUGCCCUCCCCGCCGUCACCGUCCCCGCCAAGGACUCCCUCACCACCCUCACCAACAAGGACAGCAUCGCCCUCACCAAGCUUAAGGUGCUGGAGCUGGAUUGCAUGACGGGCGUGGGACCUAAGGCGUGGGCUAAGGACUUCUGCCUGGUGCGUCAGGGUCUAGUGGCCGCCCUCAAGAAGUGUGUGUUGCUGCGGAGGCUGGUGUGUCGUCCUACCACCCUCGUCGAGAACGACCUCCUCGAGAUUCUGGCUGUAAACAGGAUGAAACGCCUCGAGGUGCUUGAGCUGUACAACUGUGUGCUGGGGUUAACGGCGGCUAAGCUGAUGGUAGACACGUGUGAGAACCUCCACGUGAUGAAGGGAUUAAGGACGUGGCGAGGGCUGACCCUGCAUGACCUGGUCCUCAUCAGGAAGCAUACUAGAGGUCACCGCCGCACUGCAGAGCUCAAGAUACUACCAUGACCUGACCCCGGAUCACCAACUACCCUCUCUUUCCUCUUCUGUUCGUUACCUUUAUUUUCGUUCUUCCUUUUUUCAUUUGUUGUAUAUAUGUUUCUUUUUUAUUUCUUGUGUUCUAUAUAUCCCUUUAUUUUUGCAUUGUUUUUCUUUUCAGUGUUGUUCGUUCUUUCUUUUCCAUUCUUUUUAUCGUUUCUAUUUUGGUUUUGGUAUAUUAUUUCCUCCUUUCUUGUUCUUUUACCCUUUAUCUCUCGUAUCAUUCUUCUUCCUUUAUCAUAUUUUAUCUAAAACUAUAUUUGUGGCCCAUGAAGGCAGCAAGGGUAAUCCCACAUUUUACACUUGAAGACCUGAAGGUUACAGAAGGAAGGAAGGAAGGAAGGAAGGGAG